AACCAGCAGCUGCAGGCAGCUAUUGCUGAGGCAGAGGAGAGGGGUGAGAUGGCCCUGAAGGAUGCCAGGGUGAAACUGGAAGAGCUGGAAACUGCUCUGAGCAAGGACAAGGAGGACCUGGCUCGCCUGCUGAAGGAAUACCAGGAGCUGCUGAACGUCAAGAUUGCCCUGGAUGUGGAGAUUGCCAUGUACAGGAAGCUGCUGGAGGGAGAGGAGAACAGGCUGUGCAACGAUGGGAUGUCCAACGUCAAUGUCUCUGUGGUAGGCAGGACCACCAUCUCCGGAGGAAGAGGAGGCAUGGGAGGAGGAUUUGGAGGCAGCGGAAUGGGUGGAGGAUUUGGAGGCAGCGGCAUGGGAGGAGGAUUCGGAGGCAGCGGCAUGGGAGGAGGAAUGGGAGGAGUCGCAGGCUUCUCCUCUGGAAGUGGAAGGAUUUGCGGCUCUGGGGGUGGCAACUUCAGCUCCAGUGGGGGAUCCUCCUCCAUACGGAGAUGCGUCACAACCACCUCUGUCAAGUCUUCAGGAGUGAGGUUCUGA